AUGGGGAAUUGGAACUUACUGGGUGGCAUCCUAGAGGAAGUUCACUCCUACUCAACCAUAGUAGGGAAAAUCUGGCUGACAAUCCUCUUCAUCUUCUGAAUGCUGGUACUUGGUGUGGCUGCUGAAGAUGUCUGGGAUGAACAGUCAGCAUUUGCCUGCAACACCCAGAAACCAGGUUGCAACAGUAUCUGUUAUGAUGAUGCUUUCUCUAUCUCUUUAAGGGUUUUACAGAUCAUCUUUGUAUCUUCUCCUUCUCUGGUGUAUAUGGGUCAUGCACCUUAUAGACUCAGAGACUUUGAAAAAGAAAGUCAUAGGAAAUAGUUAUGCCUUAGAACCCAAAUGGAGAAUCCAGAAGUUUACCUGGUGGAGCAACAAAGGAUAGAGGAAUUGAAGAGGUUGGAGGAACAGAAGGGCAUCCAUAAAGUCCCUUUGAAAGGAUGUCUGCUACGUACUUAUGUCUUACAUAUUUUAACCAGAUCUCUGCUAGAGGUAGAGUUUAUGAUAGGCCAAUAUACCUAUGGAUUUCAAAUGCAACCCCUUUACAAAUGCACCCAACCUCCUUGCCCCAGUGAAGGGGAUUGUUUUGUAUCUAGGCCCACAGAGAAAACCAUUUUCAUGCUCUUUAUGCACAGCAUUGCAACCAUCUCCUUGCUACUGAAUAUACUGGAAAUAUUUCACCUGGACUCCAGGAAAAUCAUGAGGGCACUUUAUGAUUACUCCAGCAGUGGGGACAUUGAGAAUGGAAGAAGUCUUCCAUUCUAUUCGAAAAAAUAUUCAGGGCCCCAGCAGUGUAUGAUUUGCUCUUCACCUGAAAAGACUUCUUUACUUCAACCCAACAACCAACAGCAGGUCACCCAAGCCAAUGUGCCAAAGUCUAAAACCAUUUGGCAUACCCCACAGCCCAGGCAACUUGCGGUCGAUUUUUCCUGUAGCCAAAAAGCCUGGGCUGAGAAGGAUCAGCACGACGGACAGCUCUAUGUCCGCAGCCCUGAUGACAGUUCCAGGAUUCAGCACCCGGGACAGCAACCAAACAAUUUCCUCGGCCCAGGGAACACAACGUCCCAGUCUUGCCUAGGUGCGGUGAUGGCUUUCAGAUAUUGUUCCUCCUACACAUUAGGAACCUGGGAGCAAUCCCAUGACUUGGCACCCUUGGGUGAACCUGUCACAGAUCUGCACUGUCACUGUACAGGGAGUGAUGGCAGUGUAAGAGAGAGUGGGGUCUGUACAAGAUCUGACCCAGGCAGUUGUAAGGCCAGCUUUCUUUCCAGAUGGAUGUUUGAGAAGGGACGGUUGCACAGAGAUUCAAGAAGCUCCAGUUCUCUGAAUAGCUCCUGCUUGGAUCUUCCACACCGGAAAAGCAGCUCCUCCUCUCUGCCCUCAUCCACUAGACACAGAACAUCGAUAGUAAGUAAAGACAGACAGCCACACUGA